AAAAAACAAAAGCCGCCGGUAUGUUCGACAGGAUAUAGCGGUUUCCCAAAACGAGCAAAAAAACCCGCCUCUGGUUUCUGUGACCUCCCAUUUCUCAUGAGCUCUAUAUAUAAUCUCUCUCACUCCCACUCCUAUCUCAUCAAAAAACCCAACAAUCCCCUCCUUGGAAAUUCCCUUGUCAAACCCAACCCAAGUAGCAGCAUCAGCAGUGGACAGAGAUGAGUUCGACGAGCAGAGCAUGGAUGGUCGCUGCAAGCGUGGGAGCAGUUGAAGCACUGAAAGAUCAGGGCUUUUGUAGAUGGAACUACGCUUUGAGAUCUCUACAUCAGCAAGCAAAGAAGAGCAUCGGAUCGUAUGCACAAGCCAAUAGCCUCUCUCCUUCUCUCGAUUCAUCUCUUGUAACAAAGACAAGAGAUGGAGUUGAGAAAACGAAGCAGUCAGAAGAGUCACUGAGGAAAGUAAUGUAUUUGAGCUGUUGGGGACCCAACUGAAACUAUAGAAGGAAAGCAAAACAGAGAAAAAUCAUGGGCGGGAAUCCCUCAAUGGGGAUCCUAAAGGUUGAAUUUUGUAUAGUAGUUGUAAUAUUGGCUGGUGAUUUAUACUAAUGCCUAUUUUGCAAA